GACAGACAGAGAGAGAGAGAGAGGCGGGCAGACAGGGAGGAAGGGGAAGGCAGAGCGACACGGACUCACACAGGAGAGAGAGACAGACAGAGAGACAGACAGGGAGCGGCGGUGCUCUGUGAUGUGAGCGGAGGAUCAAAGCGUCGCCGUCGGUACCGGCUCUGAUACCUGUCUGUCUGUCAGUCCACCUGUCUGUCUGUCUGAGAGCCGGCAGACAUGUCCGGCCGGGCGGAGAGCAAGACAGACUCCCAGCGCUCCCAGCUGCUGUCUCUCACCAUGAAGCUCAAGGACAAGCUCCACCCCACCAAGAUCAGACGCUCCGCAGAGCGCAUCAAACGCACCCCGUCCCAGAGAGCCAAGCCAGCUGAUCUGGAGCUCAACACCAAGCCACACACACAACGCAAGUCAGUGUGUGUGUUAGCAGAGCAGGAGAGAGCCGUGGUCAGCUCCCUGCAGUAUUUCAAGGCGCUGGUGGACCGGCUGGGCGUGGACCGGCUGGGCGUGGACCAGCUGGUCCUGGAUCAGUCUGCGGUGGGCGCUCUGCUGGGCGGAGCUUCAAGUCGAGUCCUGGAGGCGGUCCAGACUCUGGUCCAGCUGGAGCCCCGCCUCCACAGCAGUAAGACCGUGUCCUCCUGUCUCUCUCGGCUCCAUCACGCUCUGGCUGAGCUGAUUCGCUGGACAGAUCAGCUGAUGCUGCAGGGUGUUGCCCGCGACAACAAGGAAGCCACAGCAACCGUCACCACGGUGAUCAGGAAUGUGCUGGAUGCAGUCAAGGAGCUGGUUAGAUUGGCUGCUGAGAGACAAGAAGGCUCCUCCCCCUCCUCUCCUGACCAAUCACAGCCCAGAGGGUGUGAAGGCCAGCAGAGACCGCACCAAACCCAGACCCCCCCGAAACCUGCAGCUCCUGGACAGCAGCAGCAGGAGGAGGAGGAGGAGGAGGAGGAGGAGAGAAAAGAGGAGGAGCACAAGGAGGUUUCAGCUCCGCCCAAACCCCCUAAACCCCUCCUUCCACCCCGCACCCCGCCCCCCUCAGCUCCCAGCCAGCAGACAGACAGACUGAGCGCCCCCGCCCUGCCGCCCAAGAAGCGCCAAUCAUCUUCAGGCCCGCCCCCCUGCAGGAUCGCCAUAGUAGCACCAAUGAGACAAGAGCCUGAACCGUACCAAGAGGACUGUGAGCAGGAGUGGUUGAAGUGCUGUUCUUCCUCAUCCGGAGAAUGUUCUGCAGUGGAACCACAGAACACACAGAGCAGUCUGAGCCAGGAGGAGGAUCCAGAUUACGACUUCCUGCAUAAAGACCUCUCCUCCAGCGAGACGCUGCCCCCCCUCCCUCCUCUCCUGCCUUCUCCUCCUCCCUCCUCCUCCCCAUCCUCCCCCUCCUCCCUCCCCCCAGCCCUGCCGGAGAAGAGGCGGCGCAGUGCUCCAGGAGGCAGUAACUCUGAGGCCCCGCCUCCUGCUGGGUUAGACUCCGCCCCUCAGCAGCAAGGCCCCUCCCCUGACAACCAGCCCUCCACCCCCCUCUCCCCCAGCGGGACGCCACCCCCCCUCCCGGAGAAGAAACGACACAUCCACCAGUACCUGCAGUGCCUGUCUUACAGCGCUCCAACAGGAGCCAUGUCGUUCUACCCGCGACCUUCGACCCUCAGCCAGCGCUACACCAACAGGCAGCGGGAGCUGGAGAUGACCUACCAGCUCACACACACACACCUGGACACACACACCGAGUCGGACACACACCUGGACACACACACCGAGUCGGACACACACCUGGACACACACACCGAGUCGGACACACACACCGAGUCGGACACACACACAGAGCCGGACACACACCUGGACACACCCCCCCCCUCUGACCUGCCUCCUGCUCCAGCUCUACCACCGAAGAAGAGGCAGCUGGAUUCUGCAGGAGAUAACAGAGAGAAUGAGACCAAUGACUGUUCUCAGAGCCACCAGCAGGAGGCCGAGUGCAGAGGGAGGAGCCGUGAGGAGCAGAAGGGGGAGGAGCUGAAAAAGGAGGAGCAGAAGAAGGAGGAGCAAGAGGAGGAGGAGCUUCUGACCAACCAGCAGGAGAUCCUGAGCAGAAUCACCAUGAAGGCAGAGGACGAGGAGGGGCCAGAUGUGAAAGCAGCUUCUCCUGACGUCCUAUUGGUCCACGCCACCGGGGUCAACAACGCCGAGCAGGUCCUGUACUGUGAGGCCUUCCUCUCCACCUACAGAAGCUUCAUCAGCCCUCAUGUCGUCAUCAGCAAACUGCAGCGCAGGUACGGACACCUGAGCCAGACGGACGAGCCCGCCCAGCUCGCUGCCGCCAGCAGCGCCUUCCACCUACUGGUCAGAGUGGUGGACGAGCUGUGUGCUAUAGAGCUGGACUCGGAGCUGCAGCAGCUGCUGAUGGACUUGGUGUUCAGCCUGCUGGCUGAUGGGAAGCUGGGAUUGGCCCGCCUCCUGCGCGCCAACAUCCUGUCCAAGCUGGAGCAGAGGCGGCAGCUAAUUGGCUCUCCUCUGUCACUCCGCCCCCUCGCCUCCAGGGGAGUGGCUGCCAGACCAGGGACUCUGCUGGACUUCAGGAGUCAGGACGUGGCUGAGCAGCUCACUCUGCUGGACUCCCAGCUCUUCUACAAGAUUGAGCUGCCGGAGGUGUUGCUGUGGUCCAAGGAGCAGAACGAGGAGAAGAGCCCCAACCUGACGGCCUUCACCCAGCACUUCAACAGCGUCUCCUUCUGGGUGCGUUCUGUCAUCAUCCUGCAGGACAAACCUCAGGACAGAGAGAAACUACUGCUGAAGUUCCUUAAGGUCAUGAAGCACCUGAGGAAGCUGAACAACUUUAACUCGUACCUGUCUAUCCUGUCAGCGCUGGACUCCGCCCCCCUCCGCAGACUGGACUGGCAGAGAAACACCACCGAGGCACUCGAGGACUACAGUUCUUUGAUUGACAGCUCCUCAUCGUUCCGGGCCUACAGAGCAGCUCUGGCUGAGGUGGAGCCGCCCUGCAUCCCCUACCUGGGUCUCAUCCUGCAGGACUUGACCUUUGUCCAUCUGGGGAACCCCGACAUGGUGAUGACAUCACAGGGUUCAAAGGUCAACUUCUCGAAGCGAUGGCAGCAGUUCAACAUCCUGGACACUCUGAGGAGCUUCCAGCAAGUUCAUUACUCCCUGCAGCCUAAUGAUGACAUCAUGUCGUUCUUUAACGACUUCAGCGACCACCUGGCUGAGGAGGCAUUAUGGGAACUCUCUCUCAGGCUCCGCCCCCGGAAUGCCCCUCGAGCCAAUCAGAGAUGAUCUUGAAGAGGACCGCCUGUCGAUGAUGUACCACAACACAGAUGAAUCCGGUCUAACCUGCUCUGAACUGGCUGGUUUGGUGCUAGCACGGGCUAACUGUGUGUUAACCUGUUUAGCAUCGUCUGCUCUAGCCUGGAGCUAACCUGGAGCUAGCCAUGCUCAAACCUGCUGAUAAUCUGGGGUAAUCUGAGCUAGCUGUGGGCUAAUUUUGUACUAAGAUAGAGUACUCUGAUUUAGCCUUAAGCGUACCUGUCAAUAAUCCUAAUAAUGUGCUAACCUCAGCUAGCCUGGUGCUAACUUGGGCUAGCCUGGUGCUAACCUGGUUUAGCUUGUUGUCUCCAUCUGUAUCAAAUUUGUAUUAUCAGCAUACACCAAUAAAUAUCACUGAUUACCUGCUG